AUGCGUUCAACUAGUGCCGCUCUUAAUUUGGGCCUUUUGGAUCUUUCAAGGGCCAUUGGCCUGCUCCAACACCCCAAGCUUGGCCAACAAUUUUCAAAACCGAAACAAUACGUCCGAUGGUUUCUAAAUUCCCAAGGCCCCGGCCUUCUCGAGUGGUCGUUUCUCGUUAGAGCAGGAUAUUUUUAUGUCUUGGAACGCUACGGUAAAGCCAUCCUAAAUUGUACUGAAGCUCUGAGAAUUCAACCACGCUGGGCACAUGCAAUGCUGCAUCGUGCCUUCUACAAAUGCCACAUCGACUCCGCUGAUCUGGCAAUGUGUGAUUUGAACGAAGCAAUAAAUACCGAUCCGUCUUGUUAUCUGAUCUUUUACAACCGUGCUUGUUGUCACGAGAUGUUACAUGACAGACAUGCAGCUAUCCAGGUAUGUCUAAAACCACCUCACGCGAGAUUUGUUCUACAUUUCACUGACACUACAAUGGUAUAUGCAUCGAAAAAGGCCUUUCUAAGUACCUUUAUGUCCUACAUUGUUCCUCCUACGAGUUUCAUUCUUUGA